ACAAGCUGGGCUUCCUCGGCGGGGUUUCUUGGGCAAUCAUGGUGGCGAGCAUCUGCAAAAUGUACCCCAAUGCAUCAGCAUCGACUCUGGUGCACAAAUUCUUUGAAGUUUUCAGCAUGUGGAAGUGGCCGCGCCCAGUGUUGCUGAAAACUCUGGUGUACCUUGAUAAGAGCUUCGCAGUGUGGAACCCCCUGGACAACAAAGCCGACCGCGCCCACCUGAUGCCAAUCAUCACCCCGGCUUACCCCCAGCAGAAUUCGACCUUCAAUGUGUCCCGCUCCACGUUAGGCAUCAUGAAAGAGGAACUCCAGAGAGGAUACACCAUCACUGAAGCCAUCCAGGAAGGCAAAGAGAAGUGGGCCAAACUUUUCCAAACAUCAAAGUUCACGGAUCAGUACCAGCACUACAUCAAACUGCAGCUCACGUCGCCUACAGAGGAGAAGCAUCCUGAAUGGGUCGGACUGUUGGAGUCCAAAAUCAGGCACCUGGUGAAGACCCUGGAGAGGAUUGAAUACAUUUCCAGGGCCCACGUGGAGUCCCUCACUGCUCCUCCAACCAGAGAUGGAAAAAUCACCACUUCCUGGCUCAUCGGACUGCUCCUGGACCCGAAGGUGUACCGGCCCAGAGCAUUUAAUCUUUACUUUGAGCUAAAACCCUUCAGAUGUCAUGUCUACAACCUGUCUGAAACAACCAACAUGACAGAGAAUGGGGUGACUUUAUCGUCCCGGUACAUCCUGAAGGAGAACCAGACCUGGAGGGACCCUCAUCCGGGAAACAGGGUGUUCAGGCCAGCGGCGCCUGUUGUGAGACCGACUUCUUCAGCGGCUCCAUGCGGCGCUGUCAGACCAGCCAUGACUGGUAAAGGCUGGCCUAAACCGCUAGCUCUAAAGAGGAACCAGAGUUCAGUUCCUUCAACAAGCCGCCCGUCUGCCUCAGCCUCGGUGGGUCCACAGGGAACAAAGCGGCCUCUUCAUCAACAGCUGGAAACUUCAGCCAAGAAGAAGAGAUCUGAAGGCCAGCCCACCCAUCCUGUGUCCUCUUCUGCUGCAGAACGUGGAAACUCUGGUCCUUCUCAGAGCACAAAGAGAGUUUGUAGCUCUGAGCCUGAAACUCAGAGCAAGAAGCUCAGACCUGACCUCAAGGCUCCAGCGUUUACGUCUCAGACCGUCCCUGCAGACGAGCUCUGCGACCAGCCCUCCACACUCUCCACACCUGCAGCACCUGUGAAGCGCAACAUCACCUUCAAGCUCGUGAGACGCUUCUAAAGGACCCGACCUGCAGGAGAACUACAAUCUUCACCCUCCUGCCUCUUGUGGUGGCUGAAAGCUGGUCUGCAUAGGGGUGGGUUGGUGGGACACACCUUUUCACAGCACACUGACAAAAAAGCUGUGAAAAGGUGUGCUGGGGCCUGAAGUCCGGCCUCUGGUUUAUUCUCGGUGUGAGUGGCCUCACUUUGGCUACCAGAGAGAGUAUAGCUGGAUGUGAUGCCUGGCUUCAGGUGCCUAAAGGGCCCUGCAGAGUUCAACUCACAGCCAAAGCUGAAGGUUCCUGUCAGAGCCUGAAGGCUAUGAGGAGAACCUGCAGGUCCACUGAGGGGGGAUUUAGGGUUUUCUCCGAGUGCUUCGG